AUGAAUGUUAGGCUCAUGUUGUUUGAUUUUUCAUCAUUCUCAUCAGAGCCUUUGAAUCAAAAUUGGAACAAGGCACAAAAUUCUGAUCACUUCUUGAUGAAUCAUCGAUUAUUAAAAUCAAAGAUGAGCUAUAGAAGAUAUCGGAAUGUAAAACCCUUUCAGAUGAAAUUUGAAUGGAUAUAUACUUUUGGACAAUCGGGAGUGAGCGGAACAACCAAUGUAAAUCUCCUUUCAAAACCUCUUGAUGUCAAAAUUUCCUAUACACACGAAUGUAUUUUGAUCAGUGAUACCAAUGGAAUACAAGUAUUUGACUUGUAUACAAAGAAACACAAAGCAUCAAUAUCACUCCCUGAAUUUUCUCUCAGUCAUUUAUGUAUUGAAGAAUUUUAUGAAGAACAACGAGAUGCAUUGCUUGUGAGUGGAAAUAAUCUUGUUUGUAAAUAUAAUUUACAAUUGUUGUUGCAAGAGGCAGCAAUGGAUCAACAGACUCCAUACAUUUGGAACUCUGACCUCGCUAUUAGCCCACAAGGAAUGGCAAUAGCAAAACAAUUACAACAAGUAUUUAUUGGAGACAAUUAUUGGGCGUAUAUUCUCGUGCUGGAUUUAAAAACGGGAGACGUAAUUAAUUUUAUUGAACUUUGUAGUUCUCCGUAUGGAGUUGAUGUGACAACAUGUGCUGAACAACCAAAGUGUGAGUCACUUUAUGUGAUUGCUACAGGGAAGAACGCAGAUUUUUGUAUCGAAAUAAUGAAGAAAAACAGCGACAACGAAUUUUACACAAAAAAAGCGCAGUUUUGCGAAUAUGGACAAGGAAUUGGAAAGCUCAAACGACCGUUUGGACUGGUGUUUGACAAGGAAGCAAAACAUGUAAUUGUAACUGACAACGAGCAGCACCUUAUUCAAAUAUUUACACUGGAGGGAAAUUUGGUAACCUUCUUUGGAGACAAAAACAACCUAAACGGACCUACUGGGAUUUGUUUGAAUGAACUGAGAGGUGAAUUAUUCGUAUGCAACACUUCAGAUCACACUGUUAGAGUGUUUAGAUGA